CACACUCUGUGAUGAACGGGAUAAUUCGAAGCUUUUCAUACACGGCUCCACGUAUCCUUCGCUAGGACUUGCCACACUAGCCGAUCAUGGUGAGGCCGGCGAGAAUAUAUAAUACGUUGGGUCGGCGCUUUCGUGUUGCACGAUUUAUCUUCUUUCAAUCCUCCAACUCCCCCAGCCAUGUCGUUCAUUGACACCACCAAAGACCUAUGUACUCUCUUCUCCAAUCAGGUGACCCGAUCACCCAAUGCAUUGGCACUCGAAGAUGAGACGCGAACAUACACAUACAUUGAAUUAGCUCAAGCGGUCGAUGCUCUUGCAAAACGCCUUCGAGCGUAUGGAGUUAAGCGAGACAGCUGCGUGGGCGUUUUACUUCCGCGGAGCGCCGAUUACGUGAUCUCAUGUCUUGCAGCACUGCAAGCUGGAGGCGCAUAUUUGGUCCUAGAGCUCGCAUAUCCUCCAGACCUCUUGGCUGACGUGCUGGAAGAUGCCACGCCAGCAGUCGUGAUUACGAGGGAGUCAGAAAGCGGAAAGAUCCGGGAAGGCAUCCCUCAGAUCGUACUCGACAAACAGACGAAUGGCGAACUACCAAACGGAGCUCCAACGAGCGAUAACACAGAGGAGAAUUACAACGGCAAAAACGCAGAUGGUUCAGACGACCUCGACCGCCUCUGCUUCGUCUCCUACUCAUCCGGUACUACCGGCAAAUCCAAGGGAAUUGCCAACCCGCACCGGGCAUCCGUUCUUUCAUACAACCUCAGAUUUGGCGUUUCAGAUGUCAAGCCUGAUGACCGAGUAGCAUGCAAUGUCUUCUUCGUCUGGGAGAUCAUCCGGCCUCUGCUGCGAGGCGGGACCGUCGUCACUGUUCCGGACGAGGUCAGCUAUGACCCUGUCGGCUUGGUGGAUCUUCUUGCGAGCAAAAAGGUCACCGAAACUCUCAUGACGCCCACUCUUCUGGCGGCCGUCCUCUCGCGCUUCCCGGACAUCGGCUCAAGGUUGCAAGACCUCCGUACAUUGUGGUUCAACGGUGAAGUCGUCACUACUGACCUCGCUCGCCGCGCCCUUUUCGCCCUGCCGAAUGUACGCCUUCUGAAUUGCUACAGCGCAUGUGAAACACACGAGAUCGCUUGUGGAGACAUUCGCGACAUCAUCGAUGAGAAAUUGACGAAUUGCCCGGUGGGUAGACCACUGGAGCCCGAGAACAUUUACGUGCUCGACGAGGAGGGUAACGUUGUCGAGCCUGGAACGAGCGGAGAGCUCUACGUGGGCGGUGAUCUCCUCGCCCGCGGUUACCUCAACCUUCCCGAGGUCACUGCCAAAGCAUUCCUGCCUAACAAAUUCAAGCCCGAGGAUCCUACUGCUAGAAUGUACAGGACUGGUGAUCUUGCCAUUCUGCAUCCAUCGGGACUUUUGGAGAUUACUGGCCGCACAGGUGCAAUGAUCAAGCUACGUGGCUAUUCCGUGGUCCCGGCCAAGGUUCAAAGCACCAUUGUGGAAUAUCUCGGCGUACGCCACUGCGCAGUUGUCGCCCAUGGCGACGGUCUCGAGCGUCAAUUAGUAGCUUACAUUGUUCGUGACGAGGAAUCAGCGACCAGACCGUUGGUAGAGAUUGACGAAUUGGGCCACAGCCCGGCUGCUAGAAAGCACAUCUCGCCUUACUUGGCACAAUAUAUGCUUCCCACACUCUGGGUAGAGCUAGAGACCCUUCCAACACAGAAGGUUUCAGGAAAGGUCGACCUUAAGAACCUUCCGCCGCCACCUUCACCCAAGAAGACGUCGGGAGUUUCUACUCCGAAGGACUCGAUCAGCAUCAAUGAAAUCGCCGAGAUCUGGGCCGCCACUCUCGGAGUUCCCCAAAGCACACUCAAACCCGAUCACAGCUUUUUCGACCUCGGUGGUCAUUCUCUUUCACUCGCUGCCCUUUCAGCAAAACUGUCCCGGAAAUUCGGCUUCCGCAUUCCCGUCAGUCGCCUUGCCGACCCAUCAACUCUGCAAAGCCACUUGCAAACUGUUCGAGAAGUCCGAGAUGGUAAUAUUGCUGCCGUCCAGGCCGAUCUUCCUGCUGCAUUACGUAGAGACUCAACUCUCGAUCGCGAUAUCGAGUUCCCCGAUGCAAAGAUUCGCGCAGUCAAAGAUGCCGAAGUCAUCCUACUCACUGGCGCGACUGGAUUCCUUGGUGCAUUCCUCCUGAGCCAUCUUUUGGAAAGCACUGCCGCUACUAUCAUUUGUUUAGUGCGAGGCAAUGAUACUACAGAAGCAGACAAACCCGCAUGCACCGCCAGACUAAGGAGAAAUCUCAUUGAGCUCGGCCUUUGGCGAGAUUCCAUCAUGGAGCGUGUAGAAAUCUUGCCAGGCGACCUUCCACGUAAGCGUCUCGGCCUCACGCAGGAGAAGUUCACGGAGCUCGGUCAUAGAGUACAGGUCAUUGUCCAUGCUGCAGCUCAAGUCAACCUUGUCUACCCUUACGCUGCAUUGCGAGGCACCAAUGUUGAUGGUGUGCGAGAAAUUCUCAGAAUGGCCUCCAUCAACGGCGCCACCGUCUUGCAUGUGUCGACCAACGGCGUGCUCCCCCACUCUGACUCUCGUUUCGGAUGGCCAGAGGAUUCCAUGCUCUACGUCGACGCUGUUCCUGAGAAGAUUCCCGACGGAUAUGGACAGACCAAGUGGGCUGCUGAGCAAUUGGUACUUGAAGCGGGCCGUCGUGGUCUUCCCGUCCGCAUCCUGCGUGCUGGAACAAUCUCGGGACACAGUGCCACCGGUGCUGCGAACGUCUGGGAUUUGCUGACUGCGCUGUUCGUCGAGUCCAUCCACCUGGGAUACUACCCGAACGUCGACGGAUGGAGGGCUGAGAUGACCCCUGUGGACUUUGUCAGCAAGGCCAUUGUGCAUUUGGGUAACCAGACCCACGCGAAGCAAUUGGUUUUCCACCUGGGUGACCCGGACCCAGUCGACGCAAAGACUGUGUUUGAUCACUUCACCGAGCUAGGCUAUCCUACGCAACCUAUGGGAUUCGACGAAUGGGUCAAUCUCUGGAAUGAACGCCGAGCAAGCGCCAAAGGUGGAGACGGCGCAUUCACCAUCGAUAUCCUUCGAUCCAGCAUGCCCAGCAUUGAAUUCCUACGGGACAUUGUCGUUUUGAACAACGCUCAGACCCGACCGUUCCGAGCUAUCGUGGAACGACCCAAGGUUGAUGGUGUUCUCCUCGAGACAUACGCGAGGCAUUGGUUUGCGCGUGGUUGGAUGAGCCGCGCACCACUGCGCAACUCUGCCCUUGGAGGAUCAGCUCUGUCAGUACGCAAGAGCAUCCUCUCGGGCAAGGUCGUCGUCAUCACUGGAGCGUCAUCCGGCAUUGGCGCAGCAGUAGCUGCAGCUCUCGCAAGCGAAGGCUGCCACCUUGUGUUGGCCGCUCGUCGUGCACCAGUUCUCGAAUCCCUCAAGCGACGUCUGGCGGUACGCGAGGGCAAGAUAAUCACAAAGGCGACGGAUGUCACAAUCAAGACUGAGGUUGAUGAUCUCUUCGCUACUGCAGAGAGAGAAUUGGGCCAAGUGGACAUACUCGUCUCAUGCGCUGGUGUCAUGUACUACACCAUGAUGGCUAAUGUGAAAACCGACGACUGGAACACUACUGUCGAUGUCAACUGCAAAGGUCUCCUGCACUGUCUGGCGGCUUCGGUCCCGCCCAUGCUUACCCGGGGCUCUGGACACAUCGUCGCCAUCUCAUCAGACGCGGGCCGAAAGGUGUUCCCGGGCCUGGGCGUCUACUCCGCCAGCAAAUUCUUCGUCGAAGCAACUCUUCAGUCUCUGCGACUGGAAACUGCCGGCAAGGGUUUACGCGUGACAUCGGUACAGCCGGGCAAUACCGCGACGGAUCUGCUGGGCAUGUCGACUGAUGAGCAAGCCAUCGAAGCAUAUGGCAAGCCAACAGGAGCACAGAUCCUCGACCCAACCGACGUUGCCAACGCGAUCGUUUAUGCUUUGAAACAACCUGAGCAUGUGGCAGUGAACGAGGUUCUCAUUGAGCCCAGAGAUGAGCCCAUCUAGGGAAAAGUAGAAACUUGGUUUUAAAAAGGGUACUCUCACGCAUUUGGAUUGUUGCAUAUCAAGGCGUUUAGUGUUUUGCUUCCAAGGGCAUUUUUUGUUUAGCACGAUGAAGAUGAGGGCAUGAUAAUGAGCACAAAUAUUCAAUCCCGUCAUGCACCACGAGUGCAUCUUCUUGAACGUAAUCGGGCAUGAGAACUGCUUGACUAUUCCUUCUUCUGCAAGUCAUAGCAUUCGGCAUCAAGCACGAUAUCCCGAG